AUAGAGCAGAUCCGGACGCUGCUGUUGCUCCGCGGCGAUACGGAAUCGACCCGCUCCUACCCACCCGGGAGUCAAAUAGCAUGUCGGGAAUCGAGGGGGUACAUACUUGACGUAAAACUCCCAGGGCUUUAGCCCAGCCUUUAGAUCGAUACAAAGUUGAGGAGUCCGAUCACGAACGCUACAGGUGUGGGAGCUCUUCUUUGAUUUGGUAAGGCUAAGACGGCGCCUUGCAUAAGGGUUGCAAGAGGGCGCUUAUGCCCCUUCACUUUAGGGCCUUCUGGGAAAGGUCCCAGCCCAAUAGGGACAGCACACCCCCACACUUAAAGCGCACCUCUGUAUCGACGGAAAUGAACUCUAUCUAAGGGUUUAAGUCGGUGGAACCGGUGAACCACGCGAGCAGGUUAUAUGCGUGGGGCAGAGGGCUCGUAGUACUCCCUUUUCUCUUGAUCCAGCCUUUUCUUCGCUUCGGUAGUAAAUGAACCUAUAAUCUUCGCUUCGGUAGUAAAUCACCUAUAAUGCAAAAGGGGGCUAGUCUACACGCCAUACCCACUAUACCAAUAAGUUCCAUACCUACUAUACCAAUAAGUUUCAGGCAGGCAGGACUCAACAAUUGGAUUAGGUCAAAGGGAAGAAGGGGCCUAAGCACGGCAUCUGCCGUACACUUGAGUAGCAAAGGGAUUUUCCAGGCCAGUUCUUUAAUAAGGUUCCUGCUAAGAUAGUUCUUUAAUAAGGUUCCUGCUAAGAUCAAGUUUGUGAGCCGUGUGAUGGGAAACCUUCCCGCACGGUUCGGAGAGCACUGAAUUCGAAUUAGAGGUUAACCACCACAUCAUAGCAAGGGGAGCUCGCAGGAUUAGCAGAUGGGUCCGACUCGUCAUUCACUUCUGACUCUGUGUUCGAUAGCCCGACCGUAGUUAUGUUAAUUGUGGUUACAUCUAUAAGUAGCUUGGUCCAUCUUUAUUCCAUUACAUAUAUGCAUGAGGAUCCGCAUAGCCCUCGAUUUAUGUGUUAUUUAUCAAUUCCUACUUUUUUUAUGCCAAUGUUGGUGACUGGGGAUAACUCUCUUCAAUUAUUCCUGGGCUGGGAGGGAGUAGGUCUUGCUUCAUAUUUGUUAAUCAAUUUCUGGUUCACACGACUUCAGGCAGAUAAAGCAGCUACAAAAGCUAUGCCUGUCAAUCGAGUAGGUGAUUUUGGAUUAGCUCUUGGGAUUUCGGGUCGUUUUACUCUCUUUCAAACCGUAGACUUUUCCACCAUUUUUGCUUGUGCUAGUGCCCCCCGAAAUUCAUGGAUUUCUUGCAAUAUAAGAUUGAAUGCCUACACACUGAUUUGUAUUUUACUUUUUAUUGGUGCUGUUGGGAAAUCUGCACAGAUAGGAUCGCAUACUCGGUCACCCGAUGCAAUGGAGGGUCCAACUCCAGUAUCUGCUUCGAUUCAUGCAGCUACUAUGGUAACAGCUGGCGUUUUCAUGAUAGCAAGGUGCUCCCCUUUAUUUGAAUACCCACCUACCGCUUUGAUAGUUAUUACUUCUGCAGGAGCUAUGACGUCAUUCCUUGCGGCAACAACAGGAAUAUUACAGAAUGAUCUCAAGAGGGUAAUUGCUUAUUCUACUUGCAGUCAAUUAGGCUAUAUGAUCUUUGCUUGCGGCAUCUCUAACUAUUCGGUUAGCAUCUUUCACUUAAUGAAUCACGCCUUUUUCAAAGCAUUACUAUUCUUGAGUGCUGGUUCGGUGAUUCAUGCCAUGUCGGAUGAGCAAGAUAUGCGGAAGAUGGGAGGGCUUGCCUCCUCGUUUCCUUUUACCUAUGCCAUGAUGCUCAUAGGCAGCUUAUCUCUAAUUGGAUUUCCUUUUCCAACUGGAUUUUAUUCCAAAGAUGUUAUCUUAGAGCUCGCUUACACUAAGUAUACCUUCAGUGGUAACUUCGCUUUCUGGUUGGGAAGUGUCUCUGUCCUUUUCACUUCUUAUUACUCUUUUCGUUUACUAUUUCUUACAUUUCUAGUACCAACUAAUUCAUUCGGGCGAGACAGAUUCAAAUGUCAUGAUGCGCCCAUUCCUAUGGCAAUUCCUUCAAUACUUCUUGCUAUCGGGAGUCUCUUUGUAGGAUACUUGGCCAAAGUGUGACCCGUUAGCCCAUAAGUAAGUACUGUUACGAAGCGGCUGUUGCUCACCCGACACGAUCGUACGAGGUAACAAUUAACCCAACACGAUCAUCUGGGGUGAACAAGAAUUGGGGAUCGGAUGCGGGCGAAAUUCCUGCCAAUGGCUUAGAUGUUAAGUCGACUCCCUCCCCACGGCGUACGGACCCCUACGAGUGAGCAGAAAAGGGAGGAGGAAAGAGGCCCUGGUGAACUGUCAUUAGAAGUUAACAAGUGUAAGCUUUGCUGCCCGACAGUAUAGAGUACUGACCAAAUACAGGGACAGGCCCUGAAGCGAAGGACAGGAACGAGCGGAAUCAAUGUGUUCCAAUUUUUGGCCUUGCACCGACUAUCCAACUGACCAUGGACUAAACGGCCACUGCCCGAUAGGAAGGACUAUGUCCAGGGGACCCGCUGACCCCCACAAGGUACAUCUCGCGCCUAUGGGCCGCUAUAACUAUCCAAGAAGACACCCGAAACUUUAACGAUAAACAAACCUACCCGGUGGACUACCGAGCUACAAGUCCUACGACACAGGAGCGGGAUUCUCUAAAAAGCCAAGGUCGGGGGUGGCCAAGAGGGCCCACUUGGAGACUUGGGAUCUCAGCAGGAAAUGCUAAGGUUGCUAAGGCAAGAACGACUAAUUGUAAACUAUUGUAAUGUUCUGAUCUGAGAAACUAUAGUAAUGUUCUGAUCUGAGUAGGCUCAACUUAGGGAAUAAACCCUUACCC